CGGGUGGUGUAGCUCAGUCCACGCGGGCUCCUUCAGUCACGGUGGCCGUCAGAGAGGCGCGCUCCUCCCGCCGUUGCGUCCGCCUCCCUCCCUGCUAUGUCAAGUGGCGGCUCGAGUUCUUCCUCGCGGAAGGAGUUCGAUGUCAAGCAGAUAUUGAGGAUCCGAUGGCGGUGGUUCGGUCACCCCGCCGCCCCUCCGCCUCACUCCCCGCCUCUAAGAGACUAUUUCCCUGGCAGGAGAGCGGUCGACAACUCCUCAAAGGGACCUUCGUUUAGCGGCGGGGAGAGCUCGGACCCCGCCGGCGUCAACAGUCACACCAGCGGGUUGGUGACAAGUGGCAGUGCCGGGUUUAACGGCAGAAAGUUUGUGGAUCUACCGGAGAAUAGGGGCGGCUCCUGUCCUCGCUCGGCCAGCCAGCCGGAGUGCAGAAGCUCCACGGCGGCGUGGGUGUCUCCGCCGCCACGUCGCCACACACGGCCGGUUUCGAAUAUGGAGCCUUCCGGCGAGGCCCCUGUCCGCCAAGUGGUACCCGAGCCGUCUGCCCAUGUUGGCGGACAGGCUGAGGCAGUAGCUGCGAGCACGGAGGGGAACCACAACCAGAACCCGGACUCUGACUCCAGCUCCUGCAGGACGUCCAACAGCAAUGCCACGCUGUCCUCGUGCGUGUCCUUGGAGCCCUGUGCCUGUCCCGAGGAGAGCAUCUUCGCCACCCUGUCCCACGCCGACCUCACCUUUCGCAAGAUGGAAGGCUACUUGAGAAGCCAGCAGCUCUGUGAUGUCACGCUGGUGGCUGGGGACAGACGGAUACCUGCACACAGGCUGGUACUCUCAUCUGUGUCGGACUACUUCGCGGCCAUGUUCACCAGCGAUGUGCGGGAAGCUAAGCAGGACGAGGUGAAGAUAGAGGGCGUCGACCCUGAUGCAUUGUGGGUCCUGGUUCAAUACGCAUACACAGGUCGCCUGGAGUUGAGGGAGGACACCAUUGAGUAUCUGCUGUCAGCCUCUUGUCUGCUACAGUUGUCCUCUGUAGUCCAGGCCUGCAGUUCCUUCCUGGUGAAGCAGCUCCACCCUUCCAACUGCUUGGGCAUCCGCUCUUACGCUGACGCCCAGGGCUGCCAUGACUUGCAGAGGGCCGCUCACAACUACACCAUGGAACAUUUUCUGGAGGUGGUUGCAGGACAAGAGUUCUUGCUCCUUCCCUCGGACGAAAUGGAGCAGCUGCUCAAGUCCGACGACAUCAACAUUCCUGAUGAGGAGACCGUAGUGACCUCUUUGCUGUCCUGGGUGCUUCACGACGCCGAUGCUCGCCGGCGCCACCUGCCACCGCUUCUCGCUCACGUCCGCCUACCACUGCUGCAACCACAGUUCUUGGCAGACCUGGAGACCAGCCCCCUCCUGCGGGACAGCGUGGACUGCCAGCGGCUGCUGAUGGAGGGAAUGAAGUACCACCUCUUGCCCCAGCGUCGGCCCCUGCUGCAGGGCCCGCGCACCCGGCCCCGGAAGGCCACCGUCGGGGCCAUGUUUGCCGUCGGCGGAAUGGACGCCACUAAAGGUGCCACCAGUAUCGAGCAGUACUCCCUGCGGCGGGACAAGUGGAAGCAGGUGGCGACCAUGAGCGGUCGGAGGCUUCAGUUUGGCGUCGCCGUCCUGGACGGCCGCAUCUAUGUGGUCGGGGGCCGAGAUGGGCUGAAGACCCUCAACACUGUGGAGUGCUACAACCCUCAGAGCAAGACCUGGAGCGUCAUGCCACCCAUGUCCACACACAGACAUGGCCUCGGUGUAGCCGUCCUCGAGGGGCCCAUGUACGCAGUCGGAGGCCACGACGGUUGGAGCUACCUCAGCACCGUGGAAAGGUGGGAUCCUCAAGCUCGCCAAUGGAGCUUCGUUGCCAGCAUGGCCACGCCCAGAAGCACCGUGGGAUUGGCAGUACUCAACGGCAAGUUGUAUGCAGUUGGUGGUCGUGAUGGCUCCUCCUGCCUGCGCUCGGUGGAGUGUUUUGACCCUCACACCAACAGGUGGAUUGCUUGUGCACCCAUGGCGAAACGGCGCGGAGGCGUGGGCGUGGCCACCUGGCACGGCUUCCUGUAUGCCAUCGGCGGUCACGAUGCCCCUGCCUCGUCGCUGACCUCGCGUUUAAGUGACUGCGUGGAGAGGUAUGACCCUCAGACGGACGUGUGGACAGCAGUGGCCUCCAUGAGCGUCAGCCGAGACGCGGUGGGUGUUUGUCUCCUUGGCGACCGUCUCUACGCUGUGGGCGGUUACGACGGACUGGUGUAUCUCAGUACAGUGGAGAGCUAUGACCCUCAGACCAAUGAGUGGACACAGGUGGCGCCUCUGUGCCUGGGUCGGGCCGGAGCGUGCGUGGUGGUGGUCACUUGCAACCACGACACACCUGCAACCACGCCCCCCAACCAAGCCGGCAUUCAGCCGGCAUCGAUUUCGGCAUGACACACACUUUUUUUCCCCGCAGAGGGGGGGGACGUACGCGCAAAUAGCGGCGGUAAGGACUGUGGUUUGUAGCGCCGUCAUGCUCACGUCUUUAUGACUUUUUGAUGCCACAACAGCUUUGAAAAAGACGCUCGACGUAAUCAGCACAACUAGAAGGAAUCCCUCAGCUCACCUCCGUUUUGUUGCUAAGUACCGCGACUGAGGUGGUUGCACUUUGCAGGCUCCACUCUGGUAUUCAUGGGAACACAAAGCAGGUGUGAGACACAGCAAGGGCCCCCACCCCAUGUUGCCUUCAGGGUGCGCUCCACUCCACACCGACACAGCAGGUGGUAGCAGAGAUGGAAGACCAGGACGAAAACACAAGUCAUGGAGACGUGCCAAGUAUCAAUCAGGUCGUGAAAUGUUUGUCAACCUAAAUCUUUCGUUUUUUUUCUGUCACAUAAUCUUAAUUAGGGUCUCCCAUUCCAUCACAAAAUUCCAAUAUUUUUUUGGGGGGGGGGCUAUCAUGCUGUAAUUUUAUUGUGUCAAAUGGUAACUUUUUUUCCGGCAAAAAUUUUUAGACUUGAAUUUUCUUUUGAUGAUGACUACAAUUCCAACAUUUGGUUUUCUACACCAAAAUGAAUCUAUUUAUUCAACUUCCAUCCAUCCAUCGUCUUCUGCUUAACCGAGGUCGGGAAGUCCAAAAGUCCUUUAAUUUUACAGUAAAAUCUAUUGGUCAUUUUUAUGGUGUACUAUUUGAUGGAUAACUUGCCUCAAACUCGUAAGUUAAGCAGAUCCAUCCAUCCAUCCAUCCAUCCAUCCAUCCAUCUUCUUCUGCUUAACCGAGGUUGGGUCGUGGGGGCAGCAACCUAAGCAGGGAAGCCCAAAACUCUUUUAAUUUUACAGUAAAAUCUAUUGGUCACUUUUAUGGUGUACAAUUUGAUGGAUAACUUGCUUCAAAAUCUUAAGUUAAGCAGAUCCAUCCAUCCAUUUUCUACCGCUUAUUCGCUUCGGGGCCGUGGGUGGCGCUGGAGCCUAUCUCAGCAACAAUUGGGCGGAAGGCGGGAUAAACCCUGGACAAGUCGCCACCUCAUCGCAGAAGUUAAGCAGAUAUUUAAGUUUUUAAUUUAAAAAAUAUAUAUAUACUGUCCAAAAUUGCAACAAAUACAGUAUUAGAUAAGAUAUUAGGAUCAACAUCCAAAAAAGACUUAAUUAUAAGUUAGGCAGAUAUCUAAGUAUUUAUUUGGAUGUUGAUCCUAAUCUAAUAUUUGUUGCAAUAUUGGACAGUAUUUGUUUUCCCUUCCAAACUUCAUCCAUCCAUCUUCUUUCGCGAGGUCGGGUCACAAGGGCAGCAGCCUAAGCAGAGAAGCCCAGACUUCCCUCUCCCCAGCCACUUGGUCCAGCUCUUCCCGGGGAUCCUGAGGCGUUCCCAGGCCAGCCAGGACACAUAGUCUUCCCAACGUGUCCUGGGUCCUCCCUGUGGCCUCCUACCGGUCGGACGAGCCCGAAACACCUCCCUAGGGAGGCGUUCGGGUGGCAUCCUGACUAGAUGCCCGAACCACCUCAUCUGGCUCCUCCCCAUGUGGAGGGGAAGCGGCUUUACUUUGAGCUCCUCCCGCCUGAAUGGCAGAUUUCCCAGAAUUCCAGGUUCUCCGGGACAUUUUUCCCAUUCAAAAUUAAUUGGCCAUUUUUCAAACUUCCACCAUUUCCACGUUUUUUUAACCGAACUUCCCUUUUUCCAAUUUUAUAAAAAUUCCAGGAAUUUCCAGAUUUCCUGGUUUUCCAAAGCCCUAUUACCACCCUUUUUUUCUGGUGACUACUCCUUCCACAUUUUUCAACCCACUUCUACAGUUCCACCAUCAAAAUAUUGCUCUUACUCAGAACAGUUGUUUAUUGAACUGGAAAAAUUCCCGGUUUUCCCGAAAUUCCAGGAAUUCCGUAAUACCCUUUCUCAAUUCAACAUGUUACUACUUCAACAUUUCUCGACCAAUUUGAAAAAUUCCAACACCGACCAGUUCAACUCAUUCAGACCAUUCAAGUUUUUUUCUUACCAUUUUCCAAAAAAAUCGUGCUUUUCCCGAAAUGCCCACAUUUCUGGGAAAUUCCCGUUGAAAUCAAUGGGACAUUCUUCAAUGUUCCACAACUCCAACAUUUUUUAUCGGAUUCAAACUGUUCCAACUUCAAAAUAUUCCACUCAUCCUGCAAAUUUAAACCAUCAUUUUUGCUAAGUUUGAAAAAAUUCCAGGAAUUCCCAGAAUUUCCUUUUUUUUCAAACCCUUUUAUGACCCUUUUUUGUGGCGACUACUCCUUCCACAUUUUUCAACCCACUUCAACUGUUCCAUCGUCAAAACAUUCCUCUUAAUCUGGACAAAAAAAACAAAGUCGUCUUUUGAACUGGGGAAAUUACCAGUUUUUCCGAAAUUCCUGGAGUUCUUUAAUACCAUUUCUCAAUUUAAAAUGUUACUUCUUCAACAUUUCUCGACCGAUUUGAAAAAUUCAAACAACAUUUUAACUCAUUCACAACAUUCAAGUCGUUUAAGAUUUUCCCAAAAUUCCCGCUUUUCCCGAAAUUCCCAAAUUACCAGGAAAUUCCCAUUGAAAUUAAUGGGACAUUUUUCAAAGUUCCACAAUUCCUACAUUUUUCAUUCGAUUGAAACCAUUCCACCUUCAACAUAUUCCACUCAUCCUGCAAAUUCGAAGUAUCAUUUUUGCAGAGUUAAAAAAAUUCCAGGAAUUCCCUUUUUUCAAACCCUUUUGUGACCCUUUUUUCUGGUGACAACUCCUUCCACGUGUUUCAACAGUUCCACCGUCAAAACAUUCCUCUUAAUCAGGACAAAAAAACAAAGUGGUUUUUUGAACUGGAAAAAUUCCCGUUUUUCCCGGAAAUCCUGGAAUUCCAUACUACCAUUUCUCAAGUAAAAAUACAACUACUUCAAAAUUUCUCGACCGAUUUGAAAAAUUCCAAUACCAACCAUUUCCACUCAUUCACAACAUUUAAGUAUUUUAAGAUUUUCCCCCAAAAAUCCCGCUUUUCCCGAAAUUCCCAAAUUUCCAGGAAAUUCCCAUGAAUGGGACAUUUUUCAAAGUUCCACAAUCCACACAUUUUUUGUCCGAUUCAAACCGUUCCAACUCAAAAACAUUUGCCUGGGUGCUCCUUUUCAACAAUUUAAAAAUUCCUGGAUUUCCAAGAAUUCCCAGUUUUCAGGGACAUUUUCCCCAUUCUAAAUGAAUCAUCCAUGUUUUUUUUAACUUCCACCAUUCCCAAAUGUUUCCACCAAUUCAAACCAUUCCAACAUCAACACAUUCCACUCAUCCAACUAACACUUUCCCAAGUUCCAAACCAAAUUCCGUUUUUCCUGGAAAUGUAAACUCUUCAGCAUUCAAACCAUACCAACAUUCCAACCAUUCUUACAUUCACACUACAUUCUGUCAGUGUUGGAGCAAUUCCUUCAACAACUACGACUUUAUUCAAAUAAAAUAGCAGCUUUUUUAAAAUCAUAAUACGACUACCUUUUUUUUCUCAUUAAAUGAAAAUAUACAUAUAUUAUGAUUUAAUCAAUAAAUUAGUCAUCUCAUGAAAUUACGAUUUUAUUCCUAUGAAUUAAAUAAGAUGUUUCUGUGAUAUUAUGAUCUUAUUCUAAUUAAGUCAUAGCUUUUUUAAACCAUACCAUCAUAAAACUCUCAAAUUUUUUAUUUUAUUAUUACAACUCAAUUUAAGUCAUACCACCAUUUUGAAAUUAUUAUUUUAAAAUAAACGUUUCCACUAAUUCAUCAGUGUCGUGAUCAAAUUACACUUUUUCUCCUCAAAAAAAGUACUUUAUUUUUUAUAUUACUUUUUCUCGUAGUAUAGCUAGUAUUUGCUAAAUUUGCAUUUUGCAUAAUGUAAUUUAUUAUCUCCAUAUCAAACAUUUUGUCUAAUUGUUACUUUUACUCUGAGAUGUGUUCACAAAUUUCAUUUUGAUAUUUUCACUUUUUUUUUCCAUAACACUUCAUUUUUCAUGACAUGUAUGUGACACUUAUUAACGGCUAGCAUGCUAAUGUUAGCAUGCUAACAUUAAAGUGCUAACUUUCUGAGCUAAUCAUACGCUUUCUUUUCUGUAAUUCCCCAACCAUACACCUUAGUGUCAUAUUACUUGGUAUGUGCCACAAGCAAACUCUUAGCAUGCUUACGUCAGCUUGCUAAUAUGCUAACAUUAGCAUGCUAACUUUUCAAGCUAGUUUUGCAACCCUUAACACCAUCAAUCAAUCAAUGUUUAUUUAUAUAGCCAUAAAUCACAGGUGACACUAGAGCCAUGUGACAUUUGUUAACUGUUAACUUGCAAACGAUAGCAUGCUGGCAAGCUAACUUAACCAUGCUAAGUUUUUCAUCUAAUUUUACACUUUUUUUUUCUUAAUUUUUGCAGCCGCACAUCUUUGAGUCAUUUGACUUGGUAUGGGAAACAUGCUAACUGUUAUCAUGCUAAUGUUUGCACACAUGCUAAGGUUUAGCUUUGUCAUGUGCGCAUGCUAACGUUUUCAUUUCAGGGCCCAGGUAGUUCUAAUUCGUAAUGUUAUUUCUUAAUUUUUUGACUUUUUUUCCCCUCAUAAUCCUGACAAAUUUCAUUGUACUACUUUAAAAAAUUAGUUGUUAUAAACUUACAUUUUUGUACUAAUACUAUUUUUCACAAAUUAUUAAUACUUAUAAUACAACUAUAAUAUAAUAUCACAACUACCAUUACAUUUUUCUUGUGCACUAUAAUUUUAUCGGAAUGAAAUGACUAAAAACAUUAAAAAUUAAGUCUUGUGAAAUCCUAUCGUUUUUCUGUAUUAUUUUUUAUUUUAAUUAAACCUUUUCCUCCCGAUAUAACAGCUUUUUUCAAAUAAAAUGAAAAGAUUGUAAAUGCAUCAGGGUAGUGAUACAGGUUCUACUUGUUUAAAUGGGUCCAUUUGAUUGCUCAGUAGUGCCCCCUCAAAAACACCAGGCGUGUUUGUGUUACUACAGCGGAGGUGAGUUGUGGAUUUAAAUGCACUUUUCUGUUUAGCUAAUUAUCCACGAUGCUAAUGUGACUCGCUGUUGUUUACAGUGUGUGGAUAUGAGCCAAAGUGUGCUGACCGGUACAUAUUCAGGUAAAUGCUCAUUAUCUGGACUAUGAUAGUAUAUCGGGUGUUGUUGACAUGACUGGUUUAUGAUCCCUGGUGUGUGGAUAGGAGCCAGACUUUUCCUAUUCAUGAAUUGACUUAUCUUUCAAUGGAGUCCACAACAUUUUGCUUUAACCAAACGUGUUUUGUUUGUGCUCAUGUUUCCUUUUGUUCUUGUAAAAUUGCAGGUUUGUGUCGUGGUUUUCAUUGUGGCCAUAAUACUGCGGUAGGAGGUAGCGUGACAAAAAAAAAUUGUAAUAUUGACAAACCAAACGAGUUUUUCUUUCUGAGUAUGUGUAUAUGUAUUCAUGUACAAACAUAUAAAUGUUAUACCCUUGAGUAUGUCAUUGUAUUAUUGCUUUUGUACCGUCAAAUAAACAAGUGUACAGGUC